CAGGAUGCGAAUACGGAUGUGGCGUGGUAUAAAAACGCCGGUCGGCUUCCAAUUGGAACGCAGAAUCAAAUUCGAACGCGAACGAUGCACACGACAGCUCAACUGGAUAGCCUGGAGCAAAAGCGCUCGGCCAGUCUGAUCUUUCGGAUCGAGCAGCUGCUGCCCAGCACCAGUAUUUCACCUAGCACCACCAUAACCACUUCAUCAACGGAGACAACAUUGACGCCUUCUACGAGUACAGCCAGUCCUGCCAAGAGGAUGAGGAGCAAUCCACGACCAGGAGUUUACACCUCGCAAUAUACGCCGAAGGACACCUGCUCGAUUGCCAUUCCCACGUCUGCUCUUCUCGGAUCUACGGCCACUCCUACGGAUGUCGGACGCUCUUAUUGCCAACUUUCUAAUGGCGAACUGAUCGUAUCCGCCUCCCUACUUCGCCAGAUUAAACUCUCGGAGGAUGUUUAUAGCUUCAAUGCCAUCUUUGAACUGCACGGAGGGCAGGUUCGCGUCCGAUUGGUCAGUGAUGUGGCCCGGGAGGAUGAGAUCGUAGCAUGGUUUGGCGAGGAGCUUGUCCUGCUCAUGGGCAUUCCUUUCCUGACGCCCCUAAAUAUUCAAGGAAAUAGUCGCUACACGUGUCAUCUCUGCCACUUAACCUUCGAGACGCCCCACCCACUGAAGAUCCAUUUGGCUCUGGGUUGUGGCCGCAGUGCCAUGGAUAUCCUGUGGAUGAGACUGCAUUACGCUCUGAAAGCAGCAGCUCAAAGUCAGACAGCCACCCAGCAUUCACCCAUUCCGGCGGCUUCGUCCACCUCCUCGGCUUCGCCAACCCACUCGCCUCCGCCACAGAUGCCACCCCGUUUCUCAGCCUUUCGACCAAUUGCAGCUCUUACCCAAAGUUUGCCCUUGACAACGACAAGCACUACUCCAGGAACUCUGUCUUACCUGCCCUCCAUUUCGAUGGCCACAGCUCCACUGUCCACCCAUCCAAUGAAUGCAGCUGCCCAGAUCGAGGCUAUAGUCAGCAAUAUGGGUGCCUCCAAGCAGGGUCAUCUGUGCAUCUAUUGUGGAAAAGUCUAUUCCAGGAAAUACGGACUCAAGAUUCACAUACGCACCCACACUGGAUUCAAGCCUCUGAAGUGCAAAUUCUGCCUAAGGCCAUUUGGCGAUCCCAGCAAUCUUAACAAGCAUGUUCGGCUCCAUCUUCAGACGCAUCCGAGUAGUUCUUCGGCAGGAGCUGACAGUGGAGCAGGUGGUGCCGGCAGCGAUGUGGACAUCGAAGGGGAAACGGAUGCCGGUUAUCAAUGUCACAUUUGCCACAAAUCCUUUCCACGUCGCAGAGAUCUGCAACGACACAUGGAGACUCGACAUGGUGCUUCCCAUUCCCAUUCCCAAUCACGAUCCAGCACUACCAGCACCACUACAAUGACCACAACGGUUACCACAUCUACUUCGAAGUCCAGUUAGGAUCUGGAGAAUAUAUUUGUAGCACACUUUUUGGGGAACAGCUGUGAUAAAGAAAUACAAUAUUUUAACUGAAAACUAAAGAAUAAAAAUAAAACAAAAGAAUUUGAUAAAAAAAAAUGAUUUUGAAAUUUA